AACCAAAAUAUCAAGAGUUGAGAACAAAAGAGUGAUAAUUUGCAAUCCAGCCAUGAUGUAGCACGCACGGAUGGAAGAAAUGAAAAUCUACAAAAGCCCAUGAGCGAGUGCUUUAAUGCUGCAAAAGGAAAUUUUUCGAAGCUGGCGAGUGUGAGGUGAUCAGAGGUUUGCUUCUACUAAGAAUGGACCUCUUGCGCUCCAAGCUCGCCGAUAACACCCGGUUCCUAAUUCUCGGGCGCGCUGGCGUUGACUUUUACCCAGACCCGCCGGGAUCGAAGACCGAGCACUCGACCAAUUUCGUCGCACACCUUGGCGGAUCGGCGGCCAACAUCGCAGUGGCCUUGGCGAAGCACCGCGAGCGGCGUCCGGGGAUCGAGUGUUGCUUGUUGACCACGGUUUCGGAUGACGCGUUGGGUAGGCUUGCGCUGCAUCAACUGCGUGCGUACGGGGUAAACGCGGAGUGCGUAAACGUAGCAACCGGGGACCGAGAUGCGCGCAUCAGCUUGGCAGUGGUGGAAACGACAUUGGGCACGGACCACCAGAGCAUCAUCUACCGGAACCACGCGGCGGAUUUAUUGAUCAGCAGCGAGCACGUGUGGGAGGCGUUUUCGACAGCGACGGAACUCGAGCCGUCUAAGUGGGGCUGCCUCGUUGGUGCGAUCGCUUCAAUUAUCGUUGGCGUCUUUUCCUCUGAUGAGUGCCAGGGCCUUCGCUGCCCACUACAUGCGCGGGCGCGUCUCUGGACGGCGGGCUGGCGUACUGUGCAGCUAUAGUAGCAGCGGCAGGGGCCCCAGCCUCGCCAACCGCCCUACGUACGCCGCGCGGCGCCCGCAGAUGGCGCGCCGCGCGCAGGCAGCGAAGGCCCUGCGCAGAUGCGUGCUAUUUUGCAUCAUGCCCUCCCCCAGUCGGGUCCGCGCGGGACAUCGGCCUGCAACGCGACAGCAAAAGGGACAUACAAGAAGGAGCCGGCGGCGCGCUCGUCUUGGCAUAAGUGCCCGCCACCUGCGCCGGCGGGGCGCCAAUCUGGAGGGGGGAAAUCCCGACCCCCCUGCUUCCGCUGCCCUGGCUCGGGCGGCGCCCUAGAUACAUGGCUGGCGCCCUGCAAUUUGCCGGGCGGCGGCGGCAUCGUGUGGUCGCGCAUGGUGAGCGCGCUUCGCCAUGUGUGUUGGAGCAAAGUGAGCGCGCUUCAUCAUUUUCCGGAACUGCCGCGCACGCGCGUCGUGUGGCCACGAGCAGCAGCACCGCGCGUGGUUCUUGGCUUCCAUUGGCGCCCUCGCCUGGGCGGCGCCCAGGGCUGCCCGCCGCUGCGGCACAGCCGCUGGCCGCCCCAGAGGUAGUGUCCUUUCUCAACACGGCGCGCUCGCGUCGCUAGCGCCACAGACACACAUGGGCUCCGUUCUCUGAUUCGUUUCAAGAGUCGUUGAUUGAGGCCUUCGGUGGCAUCUUGUUCCCGUCUCCAAAUUGUUCUGCUCUGUCUUGUUUUUUGGAGCACCUCUGCCACCGCAUCUUACUUGUUCGUGCUAAGUCUACUUGCAGGCGAUGUGAUUGAAUCUUCGCGUUUAUGUUCGUUGUUGUUUUGGUUUAGGUAUCGUGUAGUCGUAGAAAGAACACAUACAGGAUUCCCUUUUUUGAGAAUGUAUGCUCAGGCACUAAAUCAUCAUCAUCAUUAAAGUCUUCAAAGAAUUGCAAAAUGACCAGCUACCGGCACCAGCCUCGCUCUGGAACCGAGCCGCUCCGCGACCCUGACCGCUUUGCGGCUUGCCAAGGCCCGCGGUAUCCCCGCCGUUCUCGACGUGGACUAUCGCCCGUACACAUGGAAGUCUGCCGCCGAAGCCAGUCAGGUUUACCGGAAGGCAGCCUGCUUGUGCGACAUCGUGGUGGGGAACGAGGCCGAGUUCGCUGUUGUAGCCGGCCCACCGGAAACCACUUCGACCACAAACUCUCCGACGACCGCCAACGUCGUCCACGGGGGUGUUGCGGAGGUGAAGGAGGGCAGCGCCGAGUACGGCCGGGGGAUGCGAUUCGCUAAACUUCUUGUUUCCAGUGGCGCCUGCCUGAUGACUGUGUUCAAGAUGGGCCAGGACGGUUCGGUGUCGUUUGUGAACAACAGGAAAAUCACCAGUGCCUCGUCUGCCUGCAACAACCCAAAAGGUCUGCAGCCUGAAGAACUCCUCGCGCAAAAAAUCCAAGCGGGAGCGGCUGGGGACUCAGGAGCUGGGUUGGUACAACCAAGUGCACCGGCCGCAGUACCGCCACUUUCUGUUGAUCUGGAGAAGGAAGUAGUCGACGAGUUGAAGAUCGGUGUGUUCGAAGUCUCGCCGUUAAAGCCGACCGGGGCGGGCGACGCCUUCAUGGGAAACCUGCUGGCGCACCUAGUGGACGAAGAGGUCGAGAUUAAGGAAGCGUUGCGUCGUGCCUCCGCAGCGGCCGCGAUCGUGGUCACACGUGUUGGGUGCGCGCCGGCAAUGCCCUCACCGGAGGAACUACAGGCUUUCCUGGAAACGGCGAAGGAGCGGGGGUUUCAAGCCGAUCUGACGCCGUUGGAGGAAGGGAGAUAA